CGAGUCUCCGCGUCUCCCUCGCGAACUGGGUGAAAGGAAUUGGCGCCGUUCGACACCAGGCGGGUCCGCUCUGCAGCACGAACCCACCUCCAGCCGCAGCCGCAGCCGCCGCCCGGGCCGAAGAGCAGCAGCAGCAGCCGCCACUAGUGGCCGUGUGCGCGGAGCCGAGUUUGAGCCAGCACCUAGCGGUGAAUCGGGGUCCUCACGAUGAGUUCCUCGCCUGUUAAUGUAAAAAAGCUGAAGGUGUCGGAGUUGAAAGAGGAGCUCAAGAAGCGGCGCCUUUCCGACAAGGGCCUGAAGGCCGAACUCAUGGAGCGACUCCAGGCCGCGCUGGACGACGAGGAGGCCGGGGGCCGCCCCGCCAUGGAGCCCGGGAACGGCAGCCUAGAUCUGGGCGGGGAUUCCGCCGGGCGCUCCGGAGCAGGCCUCGAGCAAGAGGCCGCGACCGCCGGCGACGAGGAGGAGGAGGAGGAGGAAGAUGAGGAGGAAGGGAUCGCCGCCCUGGAUGGCGACCAGAUGGAGCUCGGGGAGGAGAACGGGGCCGCGGGGGCGGCCGACUCGGGCCCUAUGGAGGAGGAGGCCGGCUCGGAAGACGAGAACGGCGACGAUCAGGGUUUCCAGGAAGGGGAAGAUGAGCUCGGAGACGAGGAGGAAGCCGCGGGCGACGAAAACGGGCACGGGGAGCAGCAGCCGCAACCGCCGGCGACGCCGCAGCAACAGCCCCAGCAGCAGCGCGGGGCCGCCAAGGAGGCCGCGGGGAAGAGCAGCGGCCCCACCUCGCUGUUCGCGGUGACGGUGGCGCCGCCCGGGUCGAGGCAGGGCCAGCAGCAGGCGGGAGGUAAGAAGAAGGCGGAAGGCGGCGGAGGCGGCGGUCGCCCCGGGGCUCCGGCGGCGGGAGACGGCAAAACAGAACAGAAAAGCGGAGAUAAAAAGAGAGGUGUUAAAAGACCUCGGGAAGAUCAUGGUCGUGGAUAUUUUGAGUACAUUGAAGAGAACAAAUACAGCAGGGCUAAAUCUCCUCAGCCACCUGUUGAAGAAGAAGAUGAACACUUUGAUGACACAGUGGUUUGCCUUGAUACUUAUAAUUGUGACCUACAUUUUAAAAUAUCAAGAGAUCGCCUCAGCGCUUCUUCUCUUACUAUGGAGAGUUUUGCUUUUCUCUGGGCUGGAGGAAGGGCAUCUUACGGUGUUUCAAAAGGCAAAGUCUGUUUUGAGAUGAAGGUUACAGAGAAGAUCCCAGUAAGGCAUUUAUACACAAAAGAUAUUGACAUACAUGAAGUUCGGAUUGGGUGGUCACUAACCACAAGUGGAAUGUUACUUGGUGAAGAAGAGUUUUCUUACGGGUAUUCUUUAAAAGGAAUAAAAACAUGCAACUGUGAGACUGAAGAUUAUGGAGAGAAGUUUGAUGAAAAUGAUGUGAUUACAUGUUUUGCUAACUUUGAAAGUGAUGAAGUAGAACUCUCCUAUGCUAAGAAUGGACAAGAUCUUGGUGUUGCCUUCAAGAUCAGUAAGGAAGUUCUUGCUGGACGACCACUCUUCCCGCAUGUUCUCUGCCACAACUGUGCAGUUGAGUUUAAUUUUGGUCAGAAGGAAAAGCCAUAUUUCCCAAUACCUGAAGACUGUACUUUUAUCCAGAAUGUCUCUUUGGAGGAUCGAGUCAGAGGACCAAAGGGGCCUGAAGAGAAGAAAGAUUGUGAAGUUGUAAUGAUGAUUGGCUUGCCAGGAGCAGGAAAGACUACCUGGGUUACUAAACAUGCAGCAGAAAAUCCUGGUAAAUACAACAUUCUUGGGACAAAUACCAUUAUGGAUAAGAUGAUGGUGGCAGGUUUUAAGAAGCAAAUGGCAGAUACUGGAAAACUGAACACACUGUUGCAGAGAGCCCCACAGUGUCUUGGGAAGUUUAUUGAGAUAGCUGCACGUAAGAAGCGAAAUUUCAUUUUGGAUCAGACAAAUGUGUCUGCUGCUGCCCAGAGGAGAAAAAUGUGCCUGUUUGCAGGCUUCCAACGGAAAGCCGUUGUAGUUUGCCCGAAAGAUGAAGACUAUAAGCAAAGAACACAGAAGAAAGCAGAAGUAGAGGGGAAAGAUCUUCCAGAACAUGCAGUUCUCAAAAUGAAAGGAAACUUUACGCUGCCAGAAGUAGCUGAGUGCUUUGAUGAAAUAACCUAUGUUGAACUUCAGAAAGAGGAAGCCCAAAAACUUUUGGAACAAUAUAAGGAAGAAAGUAAAAAGGCUCUUCCACCAGAAAAGAAACAAAACACUGGCUCAAAGAAGAGCAAUAAAAAUAAGAGUGGCAAGAACCAGUUUAACAGAGGCGGUGGCCAUAGAGGACGCGGAGGAUUCAAUAUGCGUGGUGGAAAUUUCAGAGGGGGAGCUCCUGGGAAUCGUGGUGGAUAUAAUAGGAGGGGCAAUAUGCCACAGCGAGGUGGCGGCGGUGGUGGAAGUGGUGGGAUCGGCUAUCCAUAUCCUCGAGGCCCUGUUUUCCCCAGCCGAGGUGGUUUUUCCAACAGAGGGAACUACAACAGAGGUGGAAUGCCCAACAGAGGAAACUACAACCAGAACUUCAGAGGACGAGGAAACAAUCGUGGCUACAAAAAUCAAUCUCAGGGCUACAACCAGUGGCAGCAGGGUCAAUUCUGGGGUCAGAAGCCAUGGAGUCAGCAUUAUCACCAAGGAUAUUAUUGAAUACCCAAAUAAAACGAACUGAUACAUAUUUCUCCAAAACCUUCACAAGAAGUCGACUGUUUUCUUUAGUAGGCUAACUUUUUAAACAUUCCACAAGAGGAAGUGCCUGCGGGUUCCUUUUUUAGAAGCUUUGUGGGUUGAUUUUUUUUUCUUUUCUUUUUUGUACAUUUUUAAUUGCAGUUUUAAAGUGAAUCGUAAGAGAACCUCAGCAUUGUGCACGAUAAGAGAAUGUGUCAGUAUUUCAGGGUUCUACAUUUUAUCUGUAAAAUGUGACUUUUUUUUUUUUAUCACAACAAAAGUAAAAUGUUGCUUUGUACCUGGUGUCUUUUAUUAAGAAUUUACUCCCCCCAUUUCUCACAGAGAAUAACAGUCGGGAGUCAUUGUCACGAUAUAAUAGAAAUGUUAGCAACCAGAUUCAUGUACGGACUAAGUGGUCCUCAUGAAUUGCACAAGACUCUGUACUGCUCAUAUUACACUCCAUCCUCUCUGUAGUUUGGUGGGUAGUUUGGAAGGGGGUAAGCUGAACAAUUAGUUUCUGACAAUGAUUGGGAAGACUUUAUUUUUCAAAUAACAGUGGAUUUGGCAUAACUGGGACUGAAGAUAAAACUUGGAACCAAGAUAGAGAAGAUGGAGUGUAUGUAGAAGGGCUGUUAAAAAUGUAAAACUUGGUUGCAUUACUUGUGGAGGCUCAAACUUGUGAAGGUUAAAUACCAUAAUUUUUCCAUUUGUUCUGCAUUUUGAUUCUGAAAAGAAAGCUGGCUUUGCCCAUUUCUUAUUAAAAACCUUGUUGUAAAUCCAGUUGUCUAAUGGGAUCUAUAUGAAGUUAGCUAUGUCUGUAUGCCCUUCUCCCACAAAAUAUUGUAUAACCAGUGUGCUUGUAGUAGUUACCUCCACCAUCUUUGUAAGCUAAUGAAAUUGUGAGUCACCCAUUUAUAUCUUAAUUUUUAAUCAUGUCAGUUCUUGAAUGGGUAUCUCCUUAGCCUGCUGAUUUCUUUUUCUUUCUAAAGAAAGUGGGUGGAGAAAUUAAUUUAGACGUUUGUUUGCAAUAAAAUGAAUUCAUUUUA